GCCAGUCUUAUUGUUCGAGGCAUUGGCAGUCAGCUCUUCAGCAAUUCUUCUUCUACUUCUUACAGUCAGCAAAAUACCUAUAUUAACAAUCAUUCUUUCAUUUUCUUGUGUCAUUAAUUACAAUCAUUCCUCAAUCACGCGUCUUCCAAUAUUCUGCAUAUUCAUCGUUUCAGAAAAGCGCGUCUGCCUUACAUUUUCAUACCUGGACUCAAUCUACAAUAUAUCACCACGAGGACAUUCAAUUGUCAAUAUAACAAUCACUUAUCGUUAGACAUCACAAGAUAUAUAUAUUUAUAUACGCACAUAGUUUCAUCUCAACCUCAAUUGAAUCACUUCUCAACAUGUCCUGCAUACAACUCAAAGCUACACUCUUAAAAUUCAGCAAUAAAUGUGCUGAAACCUUGGGAUUGAAAUCAAAAGCUCCUAAACCUUUAUCCAUAAGUGCACCCUUCAAUUUUCAAGAAGGCCCAGCAGUAAAUCUCCCCGGUUAUUCCGAGGAUGAAAUAUCACUCAUGAAAGAAAAAGCCAUUGCGUCAACCGCCGUCGCUUCAGAUAAUCACCAUGCGAAUUUAAAUCGAUGUUACGAUUCAGAUAUCUCAGAAUCACAUUCGAGGACGGGAUCUCAUGGGUGUGGAAUUGGGAGGAGUGUGGUUUAUCAUGCGAGGAGAGCCAGUAGAGGGUGUAUGUAUGGGAAUUAAGAUGGAAGGGUGGUGGUGCAAAGAUUGAUUGGGUGGUUGGAGUUCUAUGUAUGAUUAUGGAUUGGUGUACGAUAGGUAUUGGGUGGGUAGAAUGGUUAUGGUUGUUGAUUUGGGGUUAUUUGGAUUGGGUGGAUGAGUGGGAGGUGUUGGAGUAUUGUUAUUAUCGAUAUUAUUAUGGGAUGGGGUUGUUGGAGGUACGAAGGGGAUACGGAGGGGAUACGGAGGGGAAUACUUUUGAUCAUAUAAUUGAUCAUGGUGAACAUCGGGGUUAAGUGGUAAUGGAACAGGAAUGGGAACAGAAAUAGAUGGUCACAUGGUGACUUUAUACAAAUUGAUAGAAUGAAGGAAAGACGAAAGCAAUAAAUUGAUUUUCCA